AUGUCCGGAAACCAACAACCCCCGACAAUCCCCGCCGAAAACCAAAAACAAGAAGCAUUAGCCGCCUUCACCGCAACCCUGCACUCCGUCGGCACAAACCUCGAACAACCCCUCCGUGACCGCGCUGCCACAAUCACAGCCAACGAAGCCGCGCUACAACGACAAGAGGCCGAGUUGGCGGAGCAUACGGCGCGGCUUGCGAGGCAGAAUGCGUCUUGGGCGGGACUGGCGGAUGAGACGAGGGAGGGGUUGAAGGAGAUUGGGGAUGUGCAGAAUUGGGCGGAGAUGAUUGAGAGGGAUUUGUUGGUUUUGGAGGAGAUGAUGGAUGGGGUUGAGGGGGAGGAGGAUGGAGAGGGGAGUGAGUGUGGUGAGGAUGAGAUGGGUAGGGAUGGGGAGGUGGUGAAUGGGCAUAUAAAUGGGGAUGGAAAUGGGGCGGUUAAUGGGAAUGGAAAGGGGAAGGGGAAGAAGGUGAAUGAGUCUAAGGGUUGGUUGCGUUGGUGGUGA